GACGUGUUUUGCUGCCUAGGCAAGCAACCAAUAAAUAUAUAUGAUGGCCGAUCAUUUGGAUGAACCGCCUCAGAAGCGUGUCAAAAUGGAUCCAUCGGAUCUAUUCUUUUUGGAAGACAAUUUGCCCGAUGAGUUGGUGUCCUCAAACAGCGGCUGGUCAGAUCAGUUAAACACUGGCGGUGGCGGAGUUAGUGUUGUUACAUCAGCUGCUACCGCCGGCGUCGGUGGACCAAAUAAACCACCUGCACAGGGACCUGGUCCUGGUGCUGGCGGCGUGGUGCCAGCUCAAAUGAAUGGCGGCAACGGCGGCAGUGAUGAUGGCAGCGGUGGUAAUGGUGGAGGCGGUAGCGGCGGCGUCGCUGCUGGUAAUCAGCUGCGUCAAAUGCAACAUCAUCAGCAUUUGCAGCAUCUUUUACAACAGCAACAGGGCAACAAGGGCACCGGCGGAGGAGGAGGAGGCGGCGGCGGCAUGGUAGUGCCCGGCAUGAAUCAAUUGGGCAGUAAGUCACCAAAUUUACAAUCGCCUAACACGGCUGGCCUGCAGCAGGUGGCAACACAAAUGGGCAUGGUCAAUUCAAUGCCAAUGUCCAUAUCGAAUAAUGGCAACAAUGGAAUGAACGUUAUACCAGGCAUGAACACCAUAGCACAGGGCAAUCUUGGCAACAUGGUUAUCACGAAUAGCAGCGGCAGCGUGGGUAGCUUAAGUGGUGCCGGCAUGGUUAACACUUUGAAGCAGCAAUCAGGCUCGGCAUCCAUGAUAAAUGCUGUGCCCGGAGGAGCGGUGGGUGUGGGCUCUGUGACUGGGUCAGUGCCCAAUCAGGGCAUGCAUAUGCAGAAUGGGCCAAUGAUGGGACGUAUGGUCGGACAACAGCAUAUGCUACGUGGUCCGCCUUUAAUUGGUGCCGGUCCUGGCGGUGGCAAUGGACCAGGUAGUGUUGGCGCCGGUGGUGGUGGUCCACGAAUGCAAAAUCCAAAUUUGCAACUAGGCCAAAUAAAUAACAUGCCUUAUGGAGUCGGUAACUAUGGAGCACCCGGCGGUAAUAAUCAGCAGCAACAGCUAUUGGCGCAACAAAUGUCACAGCGCAAUGUAGCUCCUAAUAUGAGCGCAGGGAUGCCCCAGGGAAAUCGACCAAUUGGUACAGUGGUGCCUAUGUCCAGUUUGGGUGAUGGAACGCCAACUGGUGCCGGAGGUCUUGUUGUCAAUCCCCAGCAGCAACAACAACAGCAACAAUUGGCAGCAGCAAAUGCACAAAUGAAUCCACAACAACAACCGGUUGUGCAACAAGGUGCAUUGGGACCACGUGCGCCGCAGCCCAAUCAACUAUUGAGUCAUUCCCAGCAGCAACAACAGCAGCCAGGCACAUCACAACAGCAGCAGACAGGAGUAGUAACUUCUGUAGGCGGCGGCGGUGGCGUUGCUGCUCCAGCGGCCGGCAGUAUGUCGGAUGAACGUAAAAAACAAAUACAGCAGCAAUUAAUGCUGCUGCUCCAUGCGCACAAGUGUAAUAGACGCGAGAACCUCAAUCCCAAUCGUGAGGUGUGUAGUGUCAACUAUUGCAAGGCAAUGAAGGCGGUUUUGGCACACAUGGCAACCUGCAAGCAAAGUAAAGAUUGCAAUAUGCAACAUUGCACCUCGUCGCGACAGAUAUUGCUUCAUUACAAGACCUGCCAGCGUUCUGAUUGCAUCAUAUGUCUCCCAUUUCGACAGAAUCACUCACUCUUUCAGAAUGCUGGUGGAGCUGGUGCGACUGGAGCACCAAACGCAGCUCCUCUGCAGCAGCAGCAACAACAGCAAGGUCAACAGCAGCAGCAACAAGUUCAACAAAAUCCGUCCGGCGUCGGAGUUGGUGCCGUUGAUAGCAAACAGGUGGCACAAAACUCUGGUAAUGGAAGCUCACAGAACACUGCAAUUGUUUUACCGCAACAACAACAAACAUCUGGUAACUCCAAUGUUGCCAAGAGUAAUACGGAUAUGGCACAGCAGCAACUGACACAGCAACAACAGCAUCAGCAGCAGGUACAACAACAACAAGAACUACGUCGAUUCGAGGGCGUUGGCAGCAUUGGACAAGUUGGUCCUGUGGUCACGGGUGGAAUGCUAGGAGCACAAGGCAUGCCAUCUGGUAUUCGUAUGCAAGGUGGUGCUCCAUCGGCUCGUGUGCUUGGCGUGCAACCAGGAGGACCAGGUAGCGCAAUAACAGGCGGAGUUGCAGUGCCUAUGCCUGGAUCGGUGCCUGGAUCGGUGCCCGGACCAAAUAUUCUGCCGGGUGCGAAUGAAGUCAACAGCAUUCAGCAGCAGCAGGCACAAGCAGCUCAGCAAGGUGGUCAACUGAUGCUGCAGGGUUGCAAUGCAGCCGGAGCACGAAGACGCGCGCUGACAAACAUGGUUGAGCAGUCUAGUGCACAACAGAAUCCACAGCAACAACAACAAUUGGGCAACAUUCCAACGCCGCUGUCCGUCAAUGUUGGCUUCAAUAAUGCCAAUUUUGUAGGCGCCGGAGACAAGCAACAACAACUGGUGGGUCAAACGGAUCAAUUAACAAAGAUCAAAUUGUUGCAGGCACAAGCGCAAGCACAGGUGCAAGCCCAUGGCAAUAAUGCAGUGUCGUCUGGAGGUACAUCAGGUGCUAGCAAUAGUGCUAGUGGUGGCAACAGUGUGCUAAUGCCUGCUGAUAACACAGGAGGCGUCGCCAAUAAUUCAUCUACAGUUUCGAAUGCAGCGGGCGUUGGUGGAGCAGGAGGAGGAGGCGGCUCUGGAGGUCAAGGCCAGCCCUCAGCUUUUGGACCCGACAGCGAGAAAGAUUGGCGUGAAUCGGUGACAGCAGAUUUACGUAAUCAUUUGGUUCACAAAUUGGUUCAAGCCAUCUUUCCAACAUCGGAUCCAACAACAAUGCAGGACAAGCGCAUGCAUAAUCUCGUCUCGUAUGCUGAAAAAGUGGAGAAGGAUAUGUAUGAGAUGGCCAAGUCACGAUCCGAGUAUUAUCAUCUGUUGGCUGAAAAGAUUUAUAAGAUACAAAAAGAACUCGAGGAGAAACGGCUUAAGCGUAAGGAGCAGCAUCAGCAGCAAAUGCUGAUAAUGCAACAAACCGGACCAACUGGUGGUGCUGGUAGUGGUGUCAUCAAUCCCGCGUCUUUACCCAGCAAUACUCUUCAGCAACCAGGUCAAGGCGUGCGUCCUAUUAUCAGUCCAAUGGGAGGUGGCCCAACAGGUAUGGUACAACAGCAGCUUCGCCCUCAAGCCCCUGGCAUGGGGAGUACCAGUGGAAACCAACAGCAGCCAACGGCUGCUGGACAACAACCCAGUAUGAUAGCUGUGGGGGCGAGUAUGCGAAGUCAUUCGCCUGGCGGUAAUAUGCUAGCCAUUCAGCAACAACAGCGCAUGCAAUUCCCUCAACAACAACAACAGCAGCCUGGCAACAUGCUAGCUGGACCGCCCGGUCCCAGUCCUGGAGGAAUGGUGGCCAAUCCAGUGCUAUCUCCGUUCAACACGCAACCGACCGGUCCAGGUGUGUUAACGAGUCCGGUUCCCAGCCAGCAACAGCAACAAUUCAUCAAUGCUAAUGGAGGAGUUACUGGCGGCGCACAGAAUCAGCAACUUAGUGAGAUUAUGAAGCAGCGAUUACUGCAGCAGCAUCAACAGCAAACAUCUGCAGCGAUGCUAAUGCCGCAAUCACCCUUCAGCAAUGCUACAACAAUUCCACAACAACAGCCCCAGCAGCAGCAGCAACAAACGAAUGUUUCGUUCAGUUCACCAAUGCAGCAAAAAGCACAGCAACCAUCUGGUGCUGGUGGUGUCUUAAACAAUAUGCCACCCACACCCACAAGCGUUGAUGCACUCAAUUCAGGAGGUGUAGGAGGGAGCGGAGCGAGUGCUAGUGGUGUUAGUGGUAGCAGUAGCAGCAACAGCACAGUACCCGCUCCCAGUCCAUCGCCCAGUUUCAUGUCAAAUGGACCAAUUGGAACGCCAUCGAAUAAUCCGCCCUCUGUUAGCAGUCUUAUGCAACCGUUGAGCAAUCGAGCAGCAACACCGCCAUAUAAUAUACCUACUUCGCCAGUGCCAGCAACUAGUGCCUCCGGAUUGGCAACGAGCAGUACGCCCGCCGCUUCAGCAGCGGCUACAUGCGCCAACAGCAACAGCAGCAGCGGAAAUAGCAGCAGCAGUACGACCAGCACGGUAAUCACAACAACAACGACUACAACGGCAACAGUCUGUACACCUCUCAGCUGUGCAUCAUCGUCGGUUGCAACACCAACUUCAUCAUCGACGACUGCAUCUAGCGGAGGCAAUGGAAAUGGAACCAAUGCCGCAGCACCUGCAUGUAGCAACCUAUUGUUGAUGGCACGCAGCAAAAGUGAUUCUAGUGCUGUCACUAGUGGUGGUGGCCUUGGUCGUAUGAUGAAUAGCUCGAGCAGUUUAUCGUCCCAGAUGGCGGCACUGGAGGCGGCAGCGCGUGAUAAUGACGAUGAGACACCAUCUCCGGCGGGUGCCAAUGAUACCAACGGAAGUAACGGUGGUAGUGGUGGAGGCGGAAUGUCAUCAAAGGGCAAACUCGACUCUAUAAAACAGGAGGAUGAAAUCAAAAAAGAGUUUAUGGAUGAUAGUUGCGGUGGCAACGGCGACAGCUCGCAUAUGGAUUGUUCCACAGGAGGCAAAGGAAAAAAUGUUAACAAUGAUGGCACUAGUAUAAUCAAAAUGGACAUCAAGUCGGAGGAUGGCGAAGAUGGCGACAUCAAGAUCAAAUCGGAACCAAUGGAUGUUGAUGAUUCAGUGGCUGGCAGUGGCAGCGGCAUUGCUUCUGGCAUCACACAUUGCGAUGGUGCGACUGGCGGCGGCGGGGUCGAUGGCAAAGAUGAUUUAAACGGUGCUAUCGAUGGCAAUGGGGCGGGCAGUGCGACGGACAUCAAGAUUAAAAUUGAGACAAAACCUGUUGUGCCGGAACCAUUGGCGCCAAAUGCUGGUGACAAGAAGAAAAAAUGCCAAUUUAAUCCUGAGGAGCUGCGCACAGCUCUACUACCAACUCUGGAAAAACUGUAUCGUCAAGAGCCGGAGUCCGUCCCAUUUCGUUAUCCAGUCGAUCCUCAAGCUCUGGGAAUACCCGACUAUUUUGAGAUUGUUAAGAAGCCGAUGGAUCUCGGGACAAUACGAAAUAACAUACUUACUGGCAAAUAUAGUGAUCCAUGGGAAUAUGUGGAUGAUGUGUGGCUAAUGUUUGAUAAUGCCUGGCUGUAUAACCGUAAAACAUCGCGCGUAUAUCGCUAUUGUACUAAGCUUUCGGAGGUCUUUGAGGCUGAAAUAGAUCCCGUUAUGCAGGCGCUGGGAUACUGCUGUGGUCGAAAAUACACUUUUAAUCCACAGGUGCUAUGCUGUUAUGGCAAACAACUGUGCACAAUACCGCGCGAUGCAAAGUAUUAUAGCUACCAAAACAGUCUGAAGGAAUACGGUGUUGCAUCAAAUAGAUACACGUUCUGCCAGAAGUGCUUUAAUGACAUACAGGGAGAUACUGUGACUCUAGGAGAUGACCCGCUGCAGUCCCAAACCCAAAUCAAAAAGGACCAAUUCAAGGAAAUGAAAAACGAUCAUUUGGAGCUGGAGCCCUUUGUUGAUUGCCAAGAGUGCGGUCGUAAGCAGCAUCAGAUAUGUGUGCUUUGGUUAGAUUCCAUCUGGCCGGGUGGCUUUGUGUGUGAUAAUUGCCUAAAGAAGAAAAACUCGAAGCGAAAGGAAAACAAAUUUAAUGCCAAGCGAUUACCCACAACAAAACUAGGCGUGUAUAUUGAGACGCGAGUAAACAACUUUCUGAAGAAGAAGGAAGCUGGCGCUGGUGAAGUACAUAUACGUGUGGUAUCCUCAUCGGACAAAUGCGUCGAGGUUAAACCGGGUAUGCGACGUCGCUUUGUUGAGGGCGGCGAAAUGAUGCAAGAGUUCCCUUAUCGGGCAAAGGCUUUAUUUGCCUUCGAGGAGGUAGAUGGUAUUGAUGUCUGUUUUUUUGGCAUGCACGUGCAAGAAUAUGGAUCUGAGUGCCCAGCUCCCAAUACGCGUCGUGUCUAUAUUGCAUAUCUGGAUUCUGUGCACUUUUUUCGACCACGACAAUAUCGCACGGCUGUCUAUCAUGAGAUAUUGCUGGGAUACAUGGACUAUGUAAAACAGCUUGGCUACACUAUGGCGCAUAUAUGGGCGUGCCCGCCUUCUGAAGGCGAUGACUAUAUAUUUCACUGUCAUCCGACUGAUCAGAAAAUACCCAAGCCUAAGCGUUUGCAAGAAUGGUAUAAGAAAAUGCUCGACAAGGGAAUGAUUGAGCGUAUAAUUCAAGACUAUAAAGACAUACUCAAGCAGGCCAUGGAGGAUAAACUGGGUUCGGCCGCUGAAUUGCCCUAUUUUGAAGGUGAUUUCUGGCCCAAUGUGCUGGAGGAGAGCAUUAAAGAACUUGACCAAGAGGAGGAGGAAAAACGAAAACAGGCAGAGGCUGCUGAAGCGGCUGCUGCUGCCAAUCUAUUUUCCAUUGAGGACAAUGAAGUUAGUGGCGAUGGUAAAAAGAAGGGUCAGAAAAAGGCCAAGAAAUCAAAUAAAUCGAAAGCAGCACAACGCAAAAACAGCAAAAAGUCUAACGAGCAUCAGUCUGGCAAUGAUUUAUCUGCUAAAAUAUAUGCCACAAUGGAGAAACACAAAGAAGUUUUUUUUGUUAUACGCUUACAUUCAGCCCAGUCGGCAGCAAGUCUGGCGCCCAUUCAAGAUCCCGAUCCGUUGUUAACCUGCGAUCUGAUGGACGGACGCGAUGCCUUCCUGACAUUGGCUCGUGACAAACACUAUGAAUUCUCAUCGUUGCGGCGUGCACAGUUCUCCACGCUAUCAAUGUUGUACGAGCUACACAAUCAGGGUCAGGACAAGUUCGUGUACACUUGCAAUAACUGCAAAACAGCUGUUGAGACACGUUAUCACUGCACCGUUUGUGAUGACUUUGAUCUAUGCACAGUGUGCAAGGAAAAGGUUGGACAUCCGCAUAAAAUGGAAAAGUUGGGCUUCGAUCUGGACGACGGCUCGGCGCCAGCCGAUCUCAAGCAAGCAAACCCACAGGAAGCCAGAAAACAGUCCAUCCAACGGUGCAUUCAAUCUUUGGUACAUGCGUGCCAGUGCCGUGAUGCCAAUUGCCGUUUGCCCUCGUGUCAGAAAAUGAAGCGGGUUGUUCAACACACAAAGAAUUGCAAGCGAAAGACAAACGGCGGCUGUCCCAUAUGUAAGCAGCUGAUAGCCCUAUGUUGUUACCACGCCAAACACUGUCAGGAGCAAAAGUGUCCGGUACCCUUCUGUCCCAACAUUAAGCACAAGCUGAAGCAGCAACAACUACAGCAAAAAUUGCAACAGCAACAGUUGCUGCGUCGUCGCGUCGCUUUAAUGUCCAGAACAGCCGCGCCGGCUGUUCUUCCCGGACCAGCUGUUAGUGGUUCUGUGGUAGCAGCUGGUGGAGUUGGUGUUGGUGUGCCUGUAGUGGGCAUGCCCGGUGUGGCGGUUAGUCAACAGGUGAUAUCCGGUCAGUCAACAAUUUUGCCAGCCGGUGCUGGUGGAAUGAGUCCAUCAACGGCGACUGUACCGUCGCCGGUUUCUGUUGCUGGCAUGGGCGGAAUGGCUUCACCACAUCCACAUCAGCCGGGCAUUGGCAUGAAGCCAAGUAGUGGCCACUCACCGUCUCCGAACGUUCUGCAGGUCGUUAAACAGGUGCAAGAGGAGGCCGCUCGUCAACAAGUGCCACAUAGUUUUGGCAAAGGUGUGCCAAUGGCUCCGCCUGUAAUGCAAAGGCCCAUGGGCGUGGGCAUACCUAAUCAGGGCUCAAUGGGUGGCAUGGUUGGUAAUGUGGGCGUCAAUCAGCUAGCUGGUAAUGUGGGCGUUGGACCAGGGGCUGGACCGCUGUCCGGUGGAGGUAACUGCAAUAAUGUCCUGAACACUAACAACUUGUUGCCGAUGGAACAGUGGGGCAGCGGUGGUGGUGUUGGAGGCGCCGCACAACAACGCUAUGCAAACAACGCUUCGAACCAACAAGGAAUGCGUCAAUCUAACCAGCUAAUGCAACAGAACCUACAGCAACAGCAGCAACAACAGAUGAUGAGCAUGGCACCCAAUCAGAUGGGUAGUGGUGUAGGCGUAGGAGUUGGCGUUAGCGCUGCUGGUCAGAUUCCCGUUAUAAGCACUGGCAUUUCUAUGGGUGUGAGUGGUACACCUCAUGGUAUAGGCAUGGGAGGGCCUAUGGCCGCUACAGCCGCUGGUAGCAGUGUACGUCCACCGGGUGCUCAAGGUGUAGGUGGCGGUGCUUCCAAUGCUGGCAACGCAGGACCCAACAUGGUGAAUGGACCACCACUUAACACACAGACGCUAGCGCAGAUAAUGCAAAAGAUUAAAAAUAAUCCAACAAACGAGAGCAACCAGCAUAUACUUAGCAUUCUAAAGCAGAAUCCGCAAAUAAUGGCGGCCAUCAUCAAACAACGUCAGCAGAGUCAAAUUAAUGCUGCUGCCGGUGGAACUGGUGGGGGAUCACUUCAAGCUGGCAACGGUCCACAAACAACGCAACAUCAGCAACAACAGCAGCAGCAACAACAACAGCAGCAACAACAACAACAACAGGUGAUGCAACAGCAACAAAUGCAGCACAUGAUAAACCAACAGCAGCAAGGACCUGUACCGGGGCCACCACAAAUGGGACCUGGCCAACAGCAACAAGUUAGCCUAAUGCAGGUAGCACAGCAGCAGCAACAGGGACCACCGCAUCAACGCAUGGCCAAUAUGCAGAAUGCGGCUAUGAUGCUUCCCAAUCUGCCACCUGGUGUCACUGCUCAAGGAAGUAUGGUGACCAAUCAAAACUGGAAUAAGAUGCGCUACAUGCCAUUGAAUCAAUAUCCACCACCGUAUCCUCAACGUCAACGUGGCCCACACAUCGGCGGCCCCGGUCAGCAGUUCCCGGGCGGUACAACUGGCAACUUUAAUCCCGGCGGCGCUGGAUCUGUUAGUGGUGUACCUGUAGCCGGCACUGCUGUCGGUGGCAAUGGUACGGCGGGAUCCGGCUCUGAACAGUACUCCAUGGCAAAUGCUGCAGCAUCCAACAUGCUGCAACAGCAACAGGCCGGAAGUGGUGCUGGUAUCAAGCCCGGAUCGCAACAACAGAUGGGUGUUAUGCAACCAGGCAUGCAGCAGCAACAACCUUUGCAGCAACAGCAACAAAUGAUGCAGGUUGUGGCCACUGGUGGUGGAGGCGUAAAUAAUGCCAACUCACAGAACACACUGCCAGGUGUCGGUGGUGGACCGGGCGCCAAUAUGAUGGGCCCGCCAACACCGCAUGCACUGCAGCAGCAGCUGAUGCAAUCGGCGCGGUCCUCACCACCGAUACGGUCUCCGCAGCCAACUCCCUCACCGCGAUCUGCGCCAUCUCCACGCGGUCCGUCUGCAUCGCCGCGCGCUCAGCCUUCACCACAUCAUGUGAUGAGCAGCCAUUCACCAGCGCCGCAGGCACCACAUGAUGGCAUGCACAAUCACGGCCUCCAUCAUCAGUCGCCAUUACCUGGUGUGCCGCAGGAUGUGGGAGUUGGCGGUGUUGGUGUGGGUGUAGGUGUUGGUGUUAGCGUAAAUCCUGGUAACAUGGGCAAUGCCGGCGGCGCCAUGCCUGAUGCUUCUGAUCAACUAACCAAGUUUGUGGAGCGGCUUUAGUGCAACAACAACAACAUCAAUGCAAACGUCAAUGAUUGUAUCAAGAUCUUUCGCAACAUUGGAAAACAACCUCAACCGUACAUCUACAAUCACAAUUACCUAACAACUUUUGAUGACCGGCGUUAGUAUUAAUGCUUCUCCGGUUGGUUUGCGCUAAGGAUUCUAGGCUGAGAAGAUGUAGCCACUGCGUUGUGAUUAAAUAUCCAAAGUUUGGCGGAAAGCCCAUGUGUUUAUCAUUAUGUACUUUUCUUAUAUAUAGAAAGAUAUGUUUACUGUUUUCGGAUCUGCACCUCAGAUUAUGUUAUCAAAAUCUUUAUAUUGUCUUGCUGGAGGACUGCAUGCAUUAUAUACAUAAAUAUAUACACUAUAAGUUAAGGAUUUGAACAAAGCUCAGACAGCAAUUGAUUUUGAUAAUUAUUAUUAUGUAUCACAUACCAUAUGCUUAUAAUAUUCAUAUAUAUUUAUAUAUAUAUAUUUUUUUCUUUCUAUCACUUUUAAUCCAAAUCAUAUUUAUCAAUAUUUAGUGCAAUCGAUUAGGUCACACUCACACAUACAUACAGCAUUCGAAACAGUAAGAACUAGAAAUAUUACAGAUUUUAUAAACGUAAAACGUUAAAUUUUAUUUUUCCUUUAUUAUACGAAACAAAUGUAAACAAAAUAUUAGAAGCAAUGAUAAAGAUGCUGCGAUUACAAAAAAAUAAAACAUAACUAAGCCAAACAAAUACAACAAAUUUAGAAAAACAGAAAUUUGUUUAUGGUAUUAUAGUAUCUGUAUGUGUAAUACACUUUAUUUAAUUUAAUGCAUCUAAAAUGUAUGCAAUUUUACCUAGACUUUUUAAAUCAAAAAUUUCAAUGACCGAAUGGUUUAUAGAAGUAUAUUUAUUAUAAUUUUAAAAAUGAAUUUUUUGUACCUAAUUUUAAGCCUAAAAAAUAUCAUUCUUAAACAAGAGACACACAGCAAACGAAACAGAAAAAGAAUAAUAAAAUAAUGUAUUGAGACUAUCAGAACUAUCAAAUGCAUAUAGACUAUAUAUGUUGAAGAAUGUGUAUAGUGUUUUAUGGCUAGCAAUUUUUAAGCUAAGUUGUUGUCAGUUAAUUACCUGCUCCUUAUAGGAGCUUGAAUUGGGAACACACAUGGAAAUAUUUUUGUAUUGAUAUCACGAUCGGCAUACAUGAUUCAUAUAUAUAUUCAAUAAAUAUGUGUACAAUGUUUGUAUGCAUGCUUCACAAACUAACAACAUCACGAUAACGCUCCAUUUUUUGGUAACUUCCAAUUGACAAACAACAAUAACAAUAUAUACCAGAAAUAGGUAGAUAUAGUUAAAAAAAAAUCAAUGACAAACAAUUAGAACACCAACAAACUCCACAAUUUAAGCAAUAGUCAAAAUGAUUUGUAAACAAUAAGAUCUAUUUGGAUAUCUAAUUACAUAGAAAUAGCUUGCAUACAUAUGUUUAGUAAUUUGUUUUUAUUUUAAGCUAGUUGUAUUUGCGUAACAUUUCUUAAGAUAUUUUUUAAACUUAUAAAUUUUUGCCACCAACUGUAAAUACAUACAUUACAUAAUUUACUUAGUAUUUCAUUUUGUGAUAGCUGGAGAGAAAAACAAACAAGAAUCAUAUUUAAAGAACAAGGGUUUUUAGUUAAUUUUUCACCAUGUGCUGCGUUCACAUUUGUCUUAAAAUAUCAAGACAAACACACAUAAUGUUAAUUUUAUUAAUUGCUAUUUAUAAACACAUAUAACUUAUAAAUACAUACAUAUAUAUAUAUACAUAUAUAAAUAACAAUUUAUUGGUAGGGAGUUAGCUGUAAGUCAAACACUAUUAUUAGGUUGUAAGUAGUUUACUUGUAGUCGAUGAUUUUGAUAAGCAUUGCAGAAUCUGCACAUUCUUUUUUUUUAAACAAAAGUUGCUGCCGCCCAAGAUUCGUGUACAGACCAUGAGAUGGAGAGAGAAAGAUGUACAGAAGCUUGAAAGAAGAGCAGAGAGAAAAAUAAUGAAAAAAAGAGAGAAAUCGCGUUGAACAUUUUGUAAAUUAUCUAUACAUACUAUACAUACAUACCAAAUUAUAAACCGCGCAUAAAAUGCCUUCAAAAUGCGUUAACAGGAAAAGCAACUUUAAUUGUAAAUUUUCAUAUGUAUGAUAAUAUAUUAUAUGUAGUGACACACUUUGUUAUAUAGUAAGUCAAAUCCAACAGUUUAGAUCCUAAGCAUUGCAAAAACUUGCAUAAAGAAAGUAUAGUAUAUACAUUAUACGGUUGAUGUGUUUUUAAAUUGCCCAGUUUGUUAUCUUUAUAGAGACAAACAACAUUAAAACGAAAAAGAGAAAACCACUUACUAUAACAAUAUGGUGUCUGCGUCUGUGCCACCAGCUAGGCGCCCGUACGGCGCCGCACAAUCAAAAAAAAAACAAAAAAAACAAAAAAAAAAAAAAUAGGAUACAUUAAAAAUCAUUUGAGGCCAAGGCGCUGCCGUCGUUGCCUUAGGCUCUUUGCUUGUAAAAAUAUCGAAACAAACGAAACAGAAACAUGACGCUGCCUUUUAAUAGUGGCUGUAACGAUGAGUUCAUCGUGUGCGCACUGCACAUGUGCAGUCCUCAAAAAAAAAAAAAAACAACAAAAUAAGCAACCGCGUUAACCAAAUAGCUACUUCUUUUGCAUCUCUUCUGACUUUUGUAAUCAGCAGCAAUGAACAAUGUUUUUAUGGAGUGUAUGUGUAUGGAGAGUGGGUGGGUGGAAUGAUGGUAAUUCAUUUUUUAAGACAUUUUUUUCUGUUAAUUUGUGUGAGCGAGCGAGCACGAUAGAUGGGAGAUAGAUAGAGCAAGGGAGAGAGAAAGAGCAUAUUCCAAAACUAUUUGUGAUUACAA